ACUUGAUCUCCCUACUACAGUACUUUUCAAGUAGGUUGAAUCAUUCAAAGUUGAAUGUUGAAGUGAGUACUCACACCACUAAACCACAAAACAAAGCUGAUCAUGAUUAUGAUCUACCCACAAGCUUCAUAAUUAUGUACAAAUGUAUAUGUGUAUCUUUGCUUGAACUUCUCCUAAGUAAGUGCCUAGAUUUUCAAAGAGUAUCUGUAGCACUGUUACGGAUUCAACAUAGGAUGAGGACCAUGCAUGCCUUUGCUACUUUGGCUCGACAUCUCCACUUCUCCCGAACUAAUGCUCUAUUCUUUUACAGUACUUUUGCUGAUGUACAUUAAUUCUCUUACUUGGUUUGCUUAAGUAGUGUAGCAACACUCUGCACCUCAAGUCAUUUGAAUAUGCAUCUAGAUGAACACCCACACAUGUAGUCAGUGCUGUGUAUUAUCAUGCAUGGCAUCAUCACACUGACAGGCUGUGACAGCCAUCUACAGUUGUAUCAGCUUUGUGGUUUAGUGGUGGGAGUACUCACUUCAACAUUCAACUUUGAAUGAUUCAACCUACUUGAAAAGUACUGUAGCUGUCCUGCCAUACGGUGCUAGAGGCCAUUUUCACAGCAGCAGAUUAGGGUGGAGAUACGCCCCCUAUCCUGCAGGAGGGUGGAGAUACGCCCCCCUAUCCUGGAGGCAUGACCCCUAUCGACCUCUGCUCCAUGAUUUAGACACCUCUUCUCCGGAGCUAUGCUUUCUGUUGCUGUCCUCUGCAGCCUCCUAGGAGCUCUAUGGAUCAGCCCUCUGAAUGGCCAACAGACAGGACCCUCUCCAGUGGUGUUUGUGUCACCAGAGAGCUGUAGUGAGGGGGUGGAGUACUACAGUCCCUCUAGACUGACCUGUCUCUCAUGUGGGGCUAACCGGACCACUGCAGAAGAUGGGUUGACGUGCACAUGCUCGCCUGGUUUUAUUCAGCCAAUCGGAUCACAGGAUUGCACGGAAUGUGCCAGCCCAACAGUAUCGUCUCGUGAUGGUCUGUUCUGUCUGUCGUGUGUGGACGGCUACAACUCAGCCACUGGACAAUGCAACACAUGCCCUGGGGGGAGAUCACACAUCGUGGUUGACACGCCCCCUGAUCCCACUGGUUCCCCCGGCAGUCGUGAGUGUGUGGAGUGUCCUGUAGGGACCUGGGCGGCUGUGGGGAGUCUCCAGUGUACCCCCUGUGGAGUGGGAGACUGCUCUCAGUGUACGAUUGCCACCACUCAUGGUGGAGUGUGUUUCCCCCCCACCCCUCCAUUACCCUCACCCCCGACCAAUGCCUUCCCCUACUACCAGGAACACUUCACUGCAGCCACUCAACUUUGUGUGGAUGGCAAUGCUUCGUCCUGUCAACUGUUGGCCAACCUGUGUACUCUACAACUCUACAACCGUGACGACCCUGCCUGUGUGCUGAUUCAGCAGUACUCAGAGGACCUCCUGCAGAGCCUCUAUUACCCCCCAGGGAGCGCUGACCAGGUGUUGGAGAGCACUGGCAUCCAGACACCUCUCAUUACCGGAGAGGGUGCCGAGGGUGUGUCUAAUCUCCCACUGUGGGCGGGCUCCUACUCUCUCAACGGGACCCUACUGGGACUGGAGGAGCUGACUCAGCAGAUACUACUCUGUACUGAGCCCCAGCCGAGGGCCAGCGCUCUCUGGAGGGUGGGUGUGGUCUAUCAAAUCUCGUGUACAGUGUCCGCUGAAGCUCUGCUCAGAAAAGGCUCAAAUGCUCCAGUAUUCUACGAGCUCUACCUACGUGAUCAGACCUCAACCACGGACACUCUCCACACUCUACCAGUGCUCAUCACUAACUAUAGGAGCACGUCUGGGGAGGCAGUCAACGACGACAGCAAUGUGGGAAGCUGGCAGUUUGUGAGGAGAUUCUUCCUCUUUGAGUCCGUCACAGCCCGCCCCCUCUACACUAGCUCCACCACCCUCACAGUGUUGAUGAUGUCUGAGGGAGGGAGAAUAUUCCCCCCUUAUCUUAGAGUGAGCUAUUCUAAUUGGACGCCUACUGACCAGGACCUUCCAAGCUCCCAUAUCACGGAGUAUGCGGGUACUAGUCAAUCAUUCCUCAUCGCUCUGAUAGUGUUGUCCCUUGUCUGUGCCGUUCUGGGUGGUGUGUACUCAGGGUUAAAGGUCAACGGGUUCGUACGACGGACUGGACUCACCUGCUGUGACCUACACUCCCUUGUGUAUGCUGUGGUGAUGUUCUGUGAUGGAACCUCAACCCUCCUCUACCUACUCCUCACUGCCAUCUCUCUCUUCUGGCUCAUAUUCUACAAGGUACAAUACUACCUGCUGCUACCCCUCCCCUCACCAACAGAGGACCUCACAUUCAUCCUCCUAUUAGCAAUGGCUGCACUCUUCAGAAUUCUGCAUGUGCUCUACCAACUGUGGCAUCAGAGCAAGGUGGAUGUGUUCUUCAUUGACUGGGAGAAACCUCGUGGACUAGUACAAACAACCAAUCAGAAUGCAGACGUCGCCCAAACCAUCCCCCCUAACAGGAUGUCACCAGUCAGUAUUUGGCGGACUUAUUUUGUUGUUAACGAAUGGAACGAGUUACAGUCUCUACGGAGGAUCAACAAUACGCUACUGGUUGCCAUGGUGCUACUGUUUGCCCAUGUUAUUGGAUUAGAACACUUGGCAGAAAGAGAUCCUGCCUCCAACGUGACCUCUGACCCCUCUCGAUACUCUGCCCCCUUCAGUCCGAUACUAAGAUUCUCGAUCACAACCAUCUUCUUUUCCCUCUUUGCUGCCCUCCUGAGGGGCUAUAUGUUCCUGAUUUACGAGCGCUACUUUGAGCACAAGUUGCGUCAGUUUGUGGAUCUGUGCUCUGUAGCUAACGUGAGUGUCCUGGUAUUGUCCCGGCAACUGUACGGUCAUUACAUCCACGGCAAGUCUGUGCACGGUCAUGCGGACACUGACAUGAGACAAAUGAACUACAACUUCAAGAAAGAACAGGAGGACAUGUGUGGUAGGCGUGGCCUAGAGGGUGACGACCAGCUGUUUGAGAUGCUCCUGACACGAGAGUUCAGGACUCAUUACGAUAAGAUAGUCACUCCGUUACGAGGGGACGGGUUGUCACAUGCACAAGCUGGUCAGACGGGUGUGAGUGAAGCUGGUCUCAAGGCACACCAAGGAUUAACUUAUUACUUGAGUACUUUUAUAGAACACGGUCUCAAGGAUGUGGACUACAUUGUAGGAGUCAAGACUGCCAUGGAGAGGCUACUAGGGAUUGAAUUUUUUGACGCCCUGGGAAAAUGUGUUUUCUACAAGACCGCUAGACACUCGUUUGGCGAUGUGUUGUUCCACGGUUGUGAGUGGAGUCUAUUCCAGCUGGACCUGCUCCUCUUUGGGAUCAUAGAUGUCGUAUCCAAUAGUUACCCACUGGCUGCCGUUAUCACUCUGCUAGUAUCUUGGCUGGUGAUGUUUGUGAGGGACUGGGCAGGUCGCAGGAACAUUGCUAAAAAGACUCUAGUGGAUGAACGAUUCUUGUUGUGAACAUUCACUCACGACCCAUGCAAAUAAUGUGCAACACUUAUCACUUGUUUAUGUUAUGUACCACAACAUGUGCAGAAUUGUAUAAAUGUUAUUAUAAUAAGGUGUUACUGAAAAUGUUGUUUGCACAAAUACAGUGUACACAUGCAUCAAUUGUUAUUCUCGAUAA